AGCACAGCGAGCAACAUCAUCAUUUUCUUGGCAUCUAAAAUGAAACUAUCAUCAAAACCAAUAUGAAAAUGAAAGAUAAUUAUAUUGUGAAGGUCAAACCAAUGACUGACUACGCGCUUUUUAGCAAAACGGAAAAGGACGAUUAUGCCAAAUACAAAAAUUGUCAAGACAUUUGUCUAGAGGAGUUGGAAGCUUAUGGUAAAGAGACGAGCGUGCACGGCUUGAAGCGCAUGCUUACAAAUGGCACUGGACGAGUGGAGCGCGCACUUUGGGCACUCUGCGUCGUGUCUGCAUUUUGUCUGCUAAUUUAUUUCAGUAAACAUUUGGCGCAUCGCUUCACACAUAGCGAAUUCAAGACCACUAUAUACUCCACUAAUUACCCCAUUUACAAGGUGCCCUUCCCGGAGGUGACUAUCUGCAACAAGAAUCGCUUGAAUUGGGCGCGCUUGGAUCAGGUAAAGCAGAAAUUCCUGUGGCCAGCGCAUCAUAACACCUCGUACGAGCAGCUCUUCGUCGAGAUUGUCGGCAUGUAUGACACAUUCACGUUCGGGCGUUUCGAUCUUUUCGGCAAUCUAAUGGGUAAGCCCAUAGUGGAACUCAAUUACAUCAAUUUCACCGAGGUGGCGCGUCGCAUGACCUGGCGUUGUGAGGAGCUGCUAACGGAUUGUGUGUGGCGUGGACACCCAAUGAACUGCUGCGACAUCUUCAUAAGACGACGCUCGAAUUUAGGCAUUUGCAUGGCGUUCAAUUCUGUGGAAUCAUCGGGCGGCUUGCUAAAACUGCAAAUGGACUCGAAGUGGCCGUGGCGUGUUAGUGGUAGCGGUCCGAAGAACGGUCUGCAGGUGCGCACUUUGCUGAAUAUGGACAAACAUUCGCCGUAUUCGAACAGUUCGAAAGGUAUCACGCUGAUGACCGUACAGCCAAAAGUGUGGAGCUUUACACCUAUCGAUAUACCCAACGAUGUGUUUGCGCGUGUAUAUCUCGACGCGUUUAUGAGUUUCUAUGACCCAGACACUAGGCGUGUGUCAUCGAAGAAGCGACAAUGUGUAUUUAAGGACGAACAGGAUAGUCCCGACUUCAAAACACUCACUGGCCAUGUUUAUAUGUAUGAGAAUUGCCAAGCCGAAUGCCAACAAGAGUAUCUCAUGAAUUUCUGUAACUGUACUGUGGAUAUUUUUUUCCCAAUCGGACCCUAUCCGAUAUGCAGAGUGGUGGACUUACCAUGUUUGGCGCGUCACAAUCAUCUAAUGCAAUACUUCGAGGAGUCAGUUAAGGAGACCUAUACCACCAACAAUCCGGGACUGGUGUGCAAAUGUUUUUUCAACUGUCGCUCGUGGCGCUAUGAGUUGAAGGUGCGUACGCGACCGCUGCAACCAAAAGAGCGUUGGAAAACAAAUGACACGCUGUUGUUGGAUAUAAAUUUUCAACGGGAUUUCAUUAAUGUCUAUAAAACGGAUUUGAUCUACACUUGGGUCGAUCUGCUGUUUAAUUUUGGCAACAUUACUGCUCUUUUUCUUGGCUGUUCGCUAGUGAGUCUUGUGGAAUUGAUUUAUUUCUUUUUCGUAAAAGUGCCGCAGCGUCGCUUAUUCAAUCAAAUGAAUAAUGGCAAUUUGGACGAAAAGUUACUAUAUGCCCGACCCGCUUUGCGCUCCUACAGAGAACGCAGUGAAAAUAAUUUAAAUUUAUACAAAAAUGGCUUUAAGAAAAUCAGUUACUAAAUUUGAGUUGAAUUUGAGUCACUUAAUGUAAUUGGAUUUUGGAAUGCUUUUGGAAAGCAGUUUGAGUCGAUAUUUGAGUUUAAAUGGGGUGUAAAUGAUUUUGAGUAUUUUUUUCUUUUUUUUUGAGUUGAAAUUGAGUUUGAGUUGAGCUUCAGUUAAGGUUUAGUUCUCACAAUUUUUUUAUUUCAUUAUUUUUGGAUUUUAGAAGGCAUUUGGAAAACAUUUUAAAUCAGUAUUUGAGUUUUGGAUGGAGUUUUGAUUAUUUCUAGCUUGAACUUAAGUUUUUGAGUGAAAUUUUGAAUUUAACUGUAUGAGUGAGUAAUAUUUAAAUUUGAAAUGGAGUGAUUUUUAGAUUUUAUUUAAUGUUUUGAGAUUCAAUGUCAAUUCGAAAAUCAAUUUUAUUUGAAUGAAGCUCAA